CUUCGAAAUGUAGCACUGAAUAGAGCAGUUACUGCACAGCUGUUCUAGAACCAGACAGCCCAAAAGGUCACAAAGGCACUGCUCAAGGGGAAGAGGCCAAACCUUUUACUUCUGAUUACGGAUUGUCAUUACAAAAACUGUAACUUCCUUGUCUGUGAGUAUCAGAGUGAGCAAGACAGCCAGCAUCUUGCCGCUGCCUGCUGGCCCCACGUUCCUGUGCGCGCAGAGGACGUACAGUCUGUGCUCUGAAGAGCUACGUGAAGUAAUACUGGAAAACGGCAAGAGCUAAAGCUUUACCAUCCCAUCAUCCUGUCAGUGAAAAUGAGUGCUUGGAAGGACCCCCACCUCACAGACCUGCUCUCCCUCCAGAAAUAAGAAGAGGCUACACAGCAUUUCAUCUCCGACUAAGUUUGCCUAGUACCUACAGAGCUGGGACAUCCAUUCCAGGCAAAUUUCAGAGAAAUCAGCCAGCUUUGCAGAGUAACACAGAACAGUGUCUCUAUCUUGCACAAUGUAAAACAUCAGAUAAAUACUGAAAUGAAUCACUGCAAUUGCCACCACCUUGUACAUUCAGGUCAACAGUCUGAUGACGCCUUUCCACCUACAUCCAUUCUUUUUGAAUAUUGUCUCAACAUAAAGGACACAGCCAAAUCUAGCUGGACGCCUCUUCACAUAGCUGCAGGGUCACUGAACACAGAGGCAACAGCAGCUUUAAUUGCAUCUGGAGCAAACACCAAUUCUGCUAUUCCAAAUUGUGGAAGAACUGCCCUUCACGUUGCAGUGCGUGCAGCAUCAUCCAAAGCAAGCAGAAUUUUAGGUGUCAACAUAGAUUGUAUCUCUUUACUAUUAAGUAAUGGAGCCAAUGUAAAUAUCCCAGAUCGUGAAGGACGAACACCUGUUCACGAGGCCUGUUCAGGGGGCAGAAGGAAAAUAGUUGAUCUCCUGUUAGAGUAUAAAGCAGACAUGAACAGUUUAACAAGAGAUGGGCAAUCUCCAGUCUUUCUAUUUCUUCAACACAGAUCACAUUUAAAAGAUAGAGCACUGUUGAACAAGUUGCUAGGAUUCUCAUAUCCACUGAAGUUAAGAGACAAUCGUGGAAAUCUACCCACUGGCCUUCUGUUCUCAGAAUUCCAAAUGCUGAAAGACUUCCUUCUAACAUUAUCACAGAAAUUACAGUCCCUGGAGGAUAUCUGCAAGAUCACUGUAAGAAGAAUAUACGGAGAAAACAACAAAUACUGGCUCAAAACCAGGCUUCCAGCAACUGUAUGGAAUUCAUUAUACAGCUAUCAGGACUUAGGAAAAUAUGCCCGUGAUGACAGUGAACAGGAACGCAAGCCGAAAAACUGUAAACCCUGAAACAGCCUGUAGAGAAAUUAAAAUUGAUCCAGAAUGAAGAUUAAUGUUGCGUGUUCUGAAGUAGCUCCAAAUUUUCAUUUGCAGAGUUUUAAUUACCCAGGUAAUAUUUACACCCAUUUCCUCAAAGAGCUGCCAUCUCAGGUGCAGAAAACCUCUGAAGGAAGCAGAGUAGAACACAUGCUCACUUCACUGCUAAUGGGUUAUGUGAGGUUAAGCAGGAGUAAGAAAAAAAAAAAGCAAGAUGUAGUCAACUCAACCUAUGCUUC